UGGGCUGCACCCUCCCCGCCCUGACCAGUUCCACACCCCUUACCAAACGGAGGCUGUCAGCUGAAAUCACUCCCCUUUCAGGAGGUGGGAGGGGAAAUCAAGGUAACUAGCCCCUCUCUGCUUAAAAAAGCGAAGGGAGCUCUGGGCAGCUUUGCCGCCGCUCCGCCCCACUCCUGGACCAUGCACCCCAGCGUCUCCCCGUUCGGCCACAGGCGCGGACUCAGUUUCUUAAGUUGAGAGCUAAAACUUGGUGACUUUUCUUCUCCCCAACAACUGAAACAUGCCAUGUGUCCAGGGGAGGUGGCUUGCAAACCUCUCGGUGGUGGCUCAGCUCCUGGCCCUCGGGGGCCUGAGCUACGGCAGACUCCCGCAGCCCGGCCAGGUGCGCUUCCCGGACAGGAGGCAAGAGCAUUUCAUCAAGGCCCUGCCGGAACACCACAUCGUGGCGCCCGUCCGAGUCGAUGCGAGUGGGCAUUUUCUGUCCUACGGCUUGCACCAGCCCUUCCCCAGCGGCAGGAGGAAGAGGGCCGUGGAUGGCCCAGAGGACCGGGUGUACUACAGAAUUUUGCAUGAGGAGAAGGACCUGUUUUUCAACUUGACCGUCAAUCAGGGAUUUCUUUCCAAGAGCUACAUCGUGGAGAGACGGCACGGCAACCUCUCCCAUGUUAAGAUGGUGGCUUCUUCCGGGCCCCCCUGCCACCUCAGGGGCACAGUUCUGCAGCAAGGCACCAAAGUGGGGACUGCAGCCCUCAGUUCCUGCCAUGGACUGACUGGACUUUUUCAUCUGCCGCAUGGAGACUUUUUUAUCGAGCCUGUCAAAGACCAUCCCUGGAGUGAGGGAGAGUACCACCCACACGUCAUUUACAAGAGGCAGAGGGAGGAGCCAGCCUGCGGAUUAAAAGACAGCCUUGGCAGCCCCCGGAAGCUGGCUCUGCAGCGAGAAAGGUGGGAGAGGAACACUGCGCCCGGCCGGAGCCUCUCCCGGCGUUCCAUCAGCCGAGAGAGAUGGGUGGAGACGCUGGUGGUGGCGGACACGAAGAUGGUUGAGUACCAUGGCAGCGAGAAUGUGGAGUCCUAUAUCCUCACCAUCAUGAACAUGGUCACUGGGUUGUUCCAUAACCCAAGCAUUGGCAAUGCAAUUCACAUUGUUGUGGUUCGGCUCAUUCUACUUGAAGAAGAAGAGCAAGGAUUGAAAAUAGUUCACCAUGCAGAGAAGACACUGUCCAGCUUUUGUAAGUGGCAGAAGAGCAUCAAUCCCAAGAGUGACCUCAACCCUGCCCACCACGAUGUGGCCGUCCUGCUCACCAGGAAAGACAUCUGCGCAGGAGUCAACCGCCCCUGCGAGACCCUGGGUCUGUCUCACCUGUCGGGAAUGUGCCAGCCGCACCGGAGCUGUAACAUCAAUGAGGACUCGGGCCUCCCUCUGGCUUUCACCAUCGCCCAUGAGCUUGGACACAGCUUCGGCAUCCAGCACGACGGGAAGGAAAACGACUGCGAGCCCGUGGGCAGGCACCCGUUCAUCAUGUCCCGCCAGCUCCAGUACAAUCCCAGCCCGCUGACCUGGUCCAAGUGCAGCAAGGAGUACAUCACCCGCUUCCUGGACCGGGGCUGGGGGUUCUGUCUUGAUGACAUGCCCCAGAAGAAAGGCUUGAAGUCCAAGGUCAUUGCUCCCGGAGUGAUCUAUGAUGUUCACCACCAAUGCCAGCUGCAGUAUGGCCCCAACGCUACCUUCUGCCAGGAAGUAGAAAAUGUUUGUCAGACACUGUGGUGCUUGGUGAGAGGCUUCUGCCGCUCCAAGCUGGAUGCUGCGGCGGAUGGGACGCGAUGUGGUGAGAAGAAGUGGUGCAUGGCUGGCAAGUGUAUCACGGUGGGGAAGAAACCGGAGAGCAUCCCUGGAGGCUGGGGCCGCUGGUCCCCCUGGUCGCACUGCUCCAGGACGUGCGGGGCCGGAGCCCAGAGCGCAGAGAGACUCUGCAACAACCCUGAGCCAAAGUUCGGAGGCAAGUACUGCACUGGAGAAAGAAAACGCUACCGCCUGUGCAACGUGCACCCCUGCCGCCCAGGUGCACCGACGUUUCGGCAGAUGCAGUGCAGCGAGUUCGACACCGUCCCCUACAAGAAUGAAUUCUACAGCUGGUUUCCGGUGUUUAGUCCAGCACAUCCUUGUGAGCUCUACUGCCGACCCAUAGACGGCCAGUUUUCCGAGAAAAUGCUGGAUGCUGUUAUUGAUGGUACCCCUUGCUUUGAAGGUGGCAACAGCAGAAAUGUCUGUAUUAAUGGCAUAUGUAAGAGGGUCGGCUGUGACUACGAGAUCGAUUCCAAUGCCACGGAGGAUCGCUGCGGCGUGUGCCUUGGGGACGGUUCUGCCUGCCAGACCGUGAGGAAGAUGUUUAAGCAGAAAGAAGGAUCCGGUUACGUUGACAUUGGACUGAUUCCAAAAGGAGCAAGGGACAUACGGGUGAUGGAGGUGAAGGGAGCUGGAAACUUUCUGGCCAUCAGGAGUGAAGACCCUGAAAAGUAUUACCUCAACGGAGGCUUUAUUAUCCAGUGGAAUGGAAAUUACAAGCUGGCAGGGACUGUCUUUCAAUAUGACCGGAAAGGAGACCUGGAGAAGCUGAUGGCCACAGGUCCCACCAAUGAGUCUGUGUGGAUCCAGCUUCUGUUCCAGGUGACUAACCCUGGCAUCAAGUACGAGUACACGAUCCGGAAAGAUGGCAUUGACAACGACGUGGAGAAGCUGAUGUACUCCUGGCAGUAUGGCCCCUGGACGGAGUGCAGUGUUACCUGUGGGACAGGUGUCCGCCGCCAGACUGCCCACUGCGUGAGGAAGGGCCAUGGCAUGGUGAAAGCUACAUUCUGUGACCCGGAAACACAGCCCAAUGGGAGACAGAAGAAGUGCCAUGAGAAGGACUGUCCCCCCAGGUGGUGGGCCGGGGAGUGGGAAGCGUGUUCGGCAACGUGCGGGCCCCACGGAGAGAAGACGCGAACAGUGCUGUGCAUCCAGACCAUGGGCUCCGACGAGCAGGCUCUGCCGGCUAAAGACUGCCAGCAUCUGCUGAAGCCCAAGCCCCUCGUUUCCUGCAACAGAGACGUCUUGUGUCCGUCGGACUGGACAGUAGGCAACUGGAGUGAGUGUUCUGUGUCCUGUGGCGGUGGAGUGCGGAUUCGCAGUGUCACGUGCGCCAAGAACCACAAUGAGCCCUGUGACGUGACAAGAAAGCCCAACAGCCGAGCUCUAUGUGGCCUCCAGCAAUGCCCGUCCAGCCGGAGAAUUCUGAACCCCAGCAAAGGCACGGUGUUCACUGGGAAAAGGCCACCGACAUCUGAACGUGACCCUGUAAAGCCCAUCCCACCAGCGACACCUGGGCCCAGGAUGCUGACCACGCCCACAGUGCCUGCGCCUGUGACCACAGGUGCUCUGGCAAUCAACAGCUCUAGUCCUGCCCCAGCCUCCGAAGGAGCCCUGGACGGGAAUCAGUGGCAGAAUAGCUCCACCCACACGGCACUGGACACCCGUCUUGUCAUCUCCUCUGCAACUACUUCCCAGCCCGACCUCACCACCUGGUCUCCGAGUGUCCGGCCAAAGGAAGAGCAUGUUUCCGAUGCAGACCCUGGUACUACCUCAGAGGGAGACCUUUUUGCUACAACUGUGAUUGCUUCAGAUUUGUCAUCUUCCGGCAACCCCAUGACUUGGCAGGUGACUCCAUUUUACAAUACCUUGAGCAAAGAGCCAGACACGGAGGUUCCUAGUGGCUCAGGGGAAGACAGGGAACAACCUGAGAACACAGAUGGAAACAGCUCUGUGAUAUGGACCAAGACCGUAGCACCCGAAAAUGAUGCUUCAGGGGGCAGAAGCACAGGAAUGCCAUUUGGGCCUCCGCCAACACCUUAUCUUUGGGGGGCAUCCUUGUGGACACCUGUCAGCACAGUGACAGAAGGACUGCUACCCAGCCAAGGGCCCACUACUCUCAAAAAUAGCACACCCAGCACCGAGGGAACGGUCACUGGAAAACCCACAAACACGCCUCUCCCCCUGGGGGCAGACCGCCAGCCAGCAGCCUCGGAAAAGCCAGUAAACCACGACGCCCCAGCGCUUCCGAGCAACACGGACCCGACACGCAGUUCUGAACCCGUGCUGACGGAGGAAGAUGCCACAAGUCUGAUCGCCGAGGGGUUUCUGCUGAACGUCUCCGAUUACAAGCAGCUCUCGAGGGGCCGCAGCUCCGCGCACUGGGUCGUCGGAAACUGGACUGAGUGUUCCGCCACCUGUGGGCUGGGGGCCUCCUGGAGACGUGUGGAGUGCAGCACCCAGGUGGACGCAGACUGUGCGGCCAUUCAGAGGCCCGACCCUGCCAAGAGAUGCCACCUUCGUCCAUGUGCCAGCUGGAGAGUGGGCAACUGGACCAAGUGCUCCGGGGACUGCAGCGGUGGCCUCCAGGUCCAGGAGGUGCAGUGCGAGGACAGCUGGGACCAUCAGAGCCUGAGGCGGUUCCACUGUCAGCCCCUGGCCGGCCUUACUCCCCUGCUGAGCAAGAGCUGUAAUCUGGAGACCUGUAAAGACUGGUGGGUGGAGCCCUGGAGCCAGUGCUCCAGGUCCUGUGGGGGCGGAGUGCAGGAGAGGGCGGUGGCCUGUCCGAGAGGCCUCUGUGACCCGGCGAAGAGGCCCGUGUCCACUGCAGCCUGCAACAGGCAUCCCUGCUGCCACUGGGCCACUGGGCCCUGGGACCAGUGCACCGCUUCCUGUGGAGGUGGCUUUCAGAAGAGGACUGUCCUCUGUGUUUCCUCGGAAGACAAUAAAACUGAAGGUCAAGACCAAUGCCUGUGUGAUCAUGAACCCAGACCUCCCGAAUUCCAAAAAUGCAACCAGCCGGCCUGCGGGAAGAGUGCUGAUGUGCUUUGCACCAAAGACAACUUAUCGGCCGGUUUCUGCCAGACCCUGAAAACCAUGCAGAAAUGCUCUGUGCCCACCGUGCGGACUCAGUGCUGCCUGUCAUGCUCCCAGGCACACACCGUCCACUCCCAAAGGCCGAGGAAGCCACAGCCGCUCAAAAACCCCAACGCGUCCUAAGUCCAGGAGGAAGCCACCGCCACCAUAGACCGCCGCAGCCCGCUGACCAUGACCUCUUCCAACCCAGGGGCCACCUCCUGGAGGUUUCACUCUGUGCAUUUCAGGUCCCACUUGGGAUCAUAACAAAACAAAGUCCACUGUGUUCUGUUAGCCACACACUGUCCCUCGAGUUAGGAUGGUUCUGUCACACUUGCUGCUCCCUGACAGCCAGGACAAUGAGGCAUCUCCUGGGCUCAGCUCCCGGGCAAGGUGCCAAAUUAGGCAGGUCUGUGAAAUAAUGUCUUUUCUUCACCCUUCAAAGAGAAAAUCGAAGAAACCAGAUUUUUCCCAGACUACCUCAAAAGUAUCAGGAAACAGAGAGAGCCGCGCUUGUCCAAGGAACAAAGUAUCUUGUCAGUUGACCUUGAUGGAAUCGUCCUCCCUGCCCACCUGUGCUGGGAUGGCUGCUGUUUCAAAUACCGUGGGAGAGCUCGUAGGAACAUCCCUUAAUUCAUCCAGGCGGAGGGCCCUUUCUUCACCCAGUAUUCAGCUAGGGAGGAAGAGAAAGUGCCGGCUAUGUCCCUCGGUCUGUCCCUAAUCCCUGCAGACCAUGUCUGGACAGAGGAAGGAGGCAGAAACUACAGGAUUUAGCAAAGCUAAGGGAUUUAGGUUUUACAGAAGACAUUUCUGAGCUGGGGAUAUAAUUCCUGUGGAAAUUCUUAAAAAGCAAAUGAAAAGAACAGUUGACCCUUGAACAACACAGGUUCGAGCUGCAUGGGUGCAUUCAUACACGGAUUUUUUCUGACUAAUGCUUGUACUGUUUUUCCAUCCGCAGUUGGGGGUCCGUGGAUGUGGAGGGUAGAUUGCACCAAUCUGUGCCACUUUAUAUGGGGCACUUGAGCAUCCACGAAUUUUGGUGUCUUGUGUGGUGGAGGGAGGGGGCGGUUCUGGAACCAAUACCCCACAGCUACCAAGGGAAACUUACAUUGGGGGGGUCAGAAGUAAAAUAGGUGGGUUUUCGACUGCAUGGGGUUUGGCACCCCAACCCCUGCCUUGUUCAAGGGUCAACUAGACUUGUAUAAGAAAGGGAACGUGGGCCUCUAUUCUUCUCACUUUGCCAGGACAGUGCCUUUCCCUGGGAGAAGGGCCUUUCCCUCCCCAGCCUGCUCCUUGCGCCACCCUCAUCAUCAGCUCAGUAGCUAGGGGUUUACUCACAGCAGCUGCUGGAACCUGGUCCCCGGCUGCACCGCCCACUGCAGCUGGGAAAAGGAUGCUCCGGAUUAAAAUAUUUCAAAGAAGCAGGUAAGCUGUAUUAAACACAAGAACCUAGUACACAUUUCUAGCUUGGAGAAAAACUGCUCAGAAAUGAAGUAAAGAUGAUCUACCCCUGCGUGCACCCACCAGUUACUUUUGAGGGUCUUUUGUUCGGGAGAAACAGGCAAGUCGGGGGGACCCACAAACUGCGAUGGGAGUGAGAAGGCUUCUCCUUGGCGUUCCCCCCACGCAACAGGAGCCGGAGUAGGCUCCGUCCAGUCUCAAAUUCAAGGCAAAUGAACGUCCUGGUUUCGGGGAGGGGCGGCAUUUACAUGAACUGAACCCAGAGUGAGGGUGGGCGGGUAAAGAAGCCCUCAGAACCAGCUCUCGGCCAGAGGGACAGCAGGGAUGUGGCCUCUGUGUGACAGGCAGCACGCUUGCAGACUCACGCACAGGUACCGCUAAUACUCGCCACGGGCGCCCUGGCCCGUACCUUGAAUUACCCGUCCGUUCCGCAGAGUGGUGCUACUGAAACACGGUGCUAAUACCCAGAUGGCGGCAGCGCUGAAGUGGCCGUGGGGAAGUCCACAGGCGUAUUCUGCUGCAUGUGUGAUGAACGGCCUUGCCGGCCAAUGCCUGUUCAGUGCUUAGAUACCAGAAGCUUAGAACUGUUAGAUUAUGUGCUCUUUACUUUUUUCAAGCCAUUAAUGUAUAUGAUUGUGAUAAAUUUCUAUGGGACAUUGAACCCGGGGUUUGGGAUGCAAUUCCAGAUAGACCAGAAACAGGGGGAGAGUGGAAAUAUUUACCUAAAGCCAGGAAAUGUAUUGCUAGAUAAUAAUUACAGUCUUGUGUUCUCUGUCUUCCGAUAGAAACAUUGCUGGCAAUGACAAUCUCUUGUGAAAUAAUAGUUUGAGAGAGAAGAGGCCUGAAUUGUUGGUGACGUGAGUGGAGGAAAACCUGAUUGAUUUCUAAUGAGGCAGUUCACAGAGACUGUCGCCGAAGUGCAGUGUAGGCUUGCGGGAGCAGGGGAAGGCGAUUUAGUAAACCCCACUGAUUUGACCUGGCACUGUACUGGCAUAAGGUCAUGCAUCUCAUCGGAGCCCUGCGAUGACCAGUCUUACAACGCUCAGGAACAAACUUGGCUUCCUACCGGCCUCAACAAACUCAACUGGGCUCGAUUUCCCAAUACACAAAUGUUAUUUAUGUCCCUGUGAUGAAGGUGGUAGAAAGAUACGGAGAGCCUGGCCAGGUGCUUUAUUUUAGGCCUUCCUCCGCUUUCUCAAAGGCAGAGUAAUGGCCCCUAAUCACAGACAUUCACUUCCUAUAUGGAGGCUGUCUUUUGACAGCCAUGUGGCAGCUGUCAAUCUCAACCCCAGGAUAAAGAUAGCACUUGCUGUCAGAGCCAGCUGAUGUGGUUGUUGCCUUGACAACCACUCGGCAUUGGUCAUCUGGGUUCUGACAGAUCCUUGUGCUUGUACUAAGGGAGGGAGGGGCCUCAGAUUAUCGGGGACACCAAAGGCAAGAACAUAAGAUGGUGUCCCCCCAUUUCUUUGAUGCUUACAGGGACCAACAUGAAGCCACGUUGUUGGUUUAUUUCAUCCAUGUCCUUCCUUCCUUCCCAGCUUGAGCAAGCAGCUGAGAAGGUAGAAAGAGACACUGGAAGCUUGUCCCCCAGGGACCACACAGGGCUGCCCCAGGGCCCGGUGCUCAAACACCUGAUGGUCCUCAGACCCAGUUUGGUUCGCCUUGCCAUCCACAGUGGUAGAGUUAAGGCUUCUCUGCAAGGUUGUGGGUCAGUUUAAUUCUUGAACACAAAACCUACUUCAGCACCGUGAGAAAACAGUAUUUCAAGAGUCUAAACAGUGAAACAAAUCAUUUGGUGAUGCAGACAAUGGCCUCUGUACAAAUGACUUUUUUUGUGAUGGGUUUUCUGAAACAAGAGCAAACCUCCAUCUUUUCUCCUGACACCCAAUUGGCAGAAUCAUCUCCAAGUGAUACUUUCAGACGUUCAGUGAAUGUUUUAACAGGCAUCGUCAAGUUUCUGAAAUGCAACCUGAGGGGUUCAUAUUCUUUGAGGUCAUAAUUUCCCAAUCAUUUGGCCAAAGCCCUCUAAGCUCUGAAAGCUACACAUCGCUACCCCAGGGACGGUGGGUCUCGGCCCCUCUCCCUGCCGACUUCAGGGUCAAGUCCUGGGACAGCGUAUCUGGUGCCCUCCUCACAGUGACUCACUUGCAAGAGAGAGAACACAUGACGUGAACUGCCUGGUGCUACAACUCAGCCAACAGGUCUGAUGCUACUCCUCGUUUUUGUAUUGCUAAUUCAAGUACUAUUGAUGUUAUUAGCAUUAUUCUUAUUAAGUUAUGUCAUUUUUUAAACAUGGUUGGGAAGCACAAUUCUAUCUAUCAUUGUCCUCCAGAAUGGUUGUGUGAUGUAAUGGCCAGACCCAUUGCUUUCCUGCAUCUCUGUGCUGCUUUGCCAGCCCCAGCCUCAAGGGGGCGCCCUGCUGGGCUCCUCAGUAUUUAAAACCAGACUGUAAUCAUAGCCUGCCAUUGUGUGGCAUCAAUAAAUGAACAAACUCA